AGCGAAUUAAGACUUAAAAACUCUGUGCAGUCUUGUGUCUUUAUCAGUUCCAACAAACAAUGGCCUCCAAGGGUGAGUUUGUAUACUACGCUCCGAUCCCAUCCGACCCGACCCACACCCAACCCCAGCAAACCAUCGUCGUUUUAGCUCCCUACCGUCCCAAUCCUAACUACCGGAGACGACGUCGUCUCCUCCUCUGCCUCUCAAUCACCGCCUCCCUCCUUCUCCUCUCCACCGCCAUCUUCUUCCUCUUCCCUUCCGACCCCACCCUGCAACUCGUGCGACUCAAACUCAACCACGUCCGAGUCAACUCUUCCCCCAGACCCACUCUCGACCUCUCCUUCUCUCUGACCAUCAGAGUGCGAAACCGUGACUUGUUUUCUCUGAACUAUGACUCGCUCCGCGUCACGGUAGGGUACCGUGCGAGAGAGCUAGGGUUUGUGAGCUCCGAUGGAGGGCGUGUGAGGGCCAGAGGGUCGUCGUACGUGAACGCCACGCUCGUGCUGGACGGGCUUGAAGUCAUCCACGACGUGUUUUACUUGCUUGAAGAUUUGGCUAGGGGUGUAAUACCCUUUGAUACUGAUACGGAGGUGGAAGGGACUUUGGGGCUCUUUUUCUUCAAAAUUCCUAUCAAGGCAAAAGCAUCAUGUGAGGUGUAUGUAAAUAUAAACAGUCAGACAAUUGUUCGUCAGGACUGCUGCCCUGAGUGAAGCGGUUAAGAUCAAGGGACUGUACGUGCGGUAGAAUCUGUAAUUUGGGUGCUAAAUGUGAAUGACAGUUCCAACAACUCCCUGUCCAUGUGCUUCAUCAAGCUCUCACUGAUCACAACUAUCUAUCAGCAUGUAGAAUGCGAGAGAGCAGUGUGCUUAUAUACCAAAAGAAAGUCAUGGAGGAGGAGGAUUCAUUUUACUUUGUAUUUAACAAUUAAAUUACAGGGAAUAUGGAUGAAAAGUUCCCUUGAGGAGAUAUUUAUAUAUAUAUAAACUUGUUUUAACAGUGUAAAUUGGUUAUCGGAAUCGAAUUUGGAAUUGAAAACA